AUGGAUACGAGAUCAAACAAUGUUGCGACGACAGAUAAAGCGAUUCUUCGUCGAUAUUUGGAAUUACCGCAACCUGAAAACAAGGUGAUGGCUACUUAUAUAUGGAUUGAUGGUACAGGUGAAAAUCUUCGAGCUAAAACUCGAACUGUCGAUCAAGAACCAAGAUCACCAAAUGAGCUAUCAUGGUGGAAUUUCGAUGGUUCAUCAACUGGUCAAGCUGAAGGUUCAAAUUCAGAUAUCUAUCUUAAACCAGUAGCUAUCUACAAAGAUCCAUUUAUGCU